UCCAAUAACUGAGGACUACACUGACACAACUAAUAGGUGUCAUCAACCGUGUGAAGAGACUCAUCAGAAGCCUGAUCCAUCAAUGUUUCUGUCAGUUUGUAUGAGCCGUUAAAGGUUGUUGUCUUCUGGAUUCACCCUCUGCAGUUUUCUUUACUUGGAACUGAACAGAGAUGGGACCCCAUACAGGAGUCACUCCAUCUAAGGACGUGAAAGCUGUCGCAUGUGGACGUGGUGGAGGUCGGGGAGAAGCCCGAAUGAGAAGUUGCAGUGAUGGAAACAUAUACACCAGGAGACCUGUUGGUGUCCGCAGCACCUCCUCUUCCUCCUCUUUGGUGCUCUCCAACCCCAAAUCUGUCCUCAAGAGACCAGUGAGCACAGAGGAGCUCCAAGAACCAGGAGGACCCUACAUCAAGAAAACCUUUACAAUUGUUGGUGAUGCAGUGGGCUGGGGGUUUGUGGUCAGAGGAAACAAGCCAUGUCAUAUCCAGGCGGUGGAGCCUCAGGGUCCAGCUGCUCUUGCAGGGAUGAAGGUGCGUCAGUUUGUGGUUUCAGUCAACGGCCUCAACGUUCUCGAUCUGGACUACCGGACAGUCAGCUAUCUGAUCCUAACAGGACCCAGAACUGUGGUGAUGGAAGUUAUGGAGGAGACUGAGAAGUGAGAGAGGAAUCUGAAGAUGCAAAAAUAAAACAGGAGAACACUUUAACAGAAGUGAGGAGUAUGAAGAAGACGUGUGAGAUGGAUCAACUUGAACGUAGUGAGUGCUUAGUUGUGAAGUCUCGUUUCAGUGUCUCUUAUUUUAUCUUUUUUUAUACCAGUUUUUAUAAUGUGCUUUUGCGUGAGAGAGUUUGUGGGAUAUUUCGCUAUUAAUAUGUAUAGUCUCUCAGCAGGCAACAUUUUGCUCUCUGCAGGAGGAUUCUGGAGACUCACGGGCCUCUUGCAUCAUUAAUGCUGGUUUUCAAAAAGGCAACUGCCUGUUAGAAGAAUUACUGUUGGAUAGUGUUUUAAAAUACCAGCAAUGAUUUUACUGAGAAGCUGAAUUUUAAAAAUGUGUUUUACUUUACUUAAAGUGCGAUACACAUUUUCCAGCAGAGAGAUAACAAUCAAUAUUUAAAGUACAAUUUAAAUUACUAUUUUGUAUGUAUUACCCUUUGCUUAAUUUUUAAAAAAUUUCCUUUGAGGUAAAAUAAGAUGGUUUAUCUCUUUUAUUUCUGUAUGUUUGUAUUUCU